CUCCCCCGGCCUUAGCGGGGUGCCCUCUGCUCCCACCAAUGACAGUGCAGGUAACGGGGCCGCGAGCUGCUCCCCAACUUCAGCUGGUGGCCCCUGUCUCCUGGGCACGGCGCAGGGCGGCCGGCGCCCGACCUCAGAGCUGCGGCAUGGACCCGCCAGAGCCGCCGGUCCCCGCGCCGGAAGAAAAUGAAGUAAAAUUCGACGCAAACAAUAACGAGGAAGAGGAGGAGGGAGAGCAGUUCGAUUUUGACAGCGGAGAUGAGGUGCCGGAGGCAGACAGGCGGUCGCCGGGCACCCCCGCGGCCAGUCCCGUGGGGCCUGCUGCCCCCAGCGCAGGAGCGGAGGCCGGGGCAGGCGCGGACGCGGGCCAGCCGGGGGACCCGACCACACUGGGGGCCCCGGCGAGGGUCAACCCCUACUCCGUCAUCGACAUCACGCCCUUCCAGGAAGAGCAGCCCCCGGCCCCCGACGCCGAGGCCGGGCCCGAGGAGAGCGCCGGCCCGCCCGUGCCCAGCGGCUACGCCGUGCCCGUGCCCUGCGGCUACGCCGUGCCCUCCAGCCUGCCCGCGCUCCUGCCCGCCUACUCCAGCCCCGUCGUGGUCCACGCGGCCUCCCUGGACGAGGAAGCCGGGACGCCUGAACUUGCAGAAGACAGCCAGUUUAAUUCUCUGAGUUCCGAGGACCCCGCGAACAGUGAGGAUCAAGCCCCGGCGGAGGACAGCGCCCUCGCCCGCUGGGUGGCAGAUCCGGCCAACACCGCGUGGAUGGAGAAUCCAGAAGAAGCCGUUUACGAUGAUGUGCCGAGAGAGAAUUCCGACUCGGAGCCAGGUGAGAUGAUUUACGACGACGUGGAGAACGGGGACGGGGAUGAUGGCGGGAACAGCUCCCUGGAGGACGGGUGGAGCUCGAGCGAGUUUGAAAGCUACGAGGAGCAGAGCGACUGCGAGGGCAAGAACGGGGUCCCCAGGCCCUUCCUGCGCGGCAGCCACCGGACGCAGAUGCAGAAGCUCGUGAAGGCGGCGAAGGAGGGCACCAGGGACGGGCUGGAGAAGACCAAGGCCGCGGUGAAGAGGGGCCGCUCCUUCAUCAGGACCAAGUCCUUCAUCUCCCAAGAUCGCGGCCCUGACCUGGAGGAGGAGCAGAGCCUGUUCAUCGACGUGGACUGCCGGCACCCGGAGGCCGUCCUGACCCCGAUGCCCGAAGGCCUGUCCCAGCAGCAGGUGGUGAGAAGGUGCAUCCUGAGCUCCAUUGUCGACAGCGAGAAGAGCUACGUGGACGCCCUCACGCGGAUCCUGGAGCAGUACGAGCGGCCGCUGGCGGAGAUGGAGCCGCGGAUGCUGAGCGACCGGAAGCUGAAGGUGGUGUUCCACCGCCUGCGGGAGCUGCUGCAGUGCCACCGCCUGUUCCAGAUGGCGCUGGCGAGCCGCGUGGCCGAGUGGGACGCCGUGGAGACCAUCGGCGACGUCUUCGUGGCUUCGUUUUCUAAGUCCAUGGUGCUGGACGCCUACAGCGAGUACGUGAACAACUUCAGCGCCGCCAUGGCCGUCCUCAAGAAAACGUGCACCGCGAAGCCCGCGUUCCUGGAAUUUUUGAAGCAGGCUCAGGAGUCCAGUCCGGACCGCGUCACGCUCUGCAGCCUGAUGACGAGGCCCAUCCAGAGGUUCCCGCAGUUCAUCCUGCUGCUCCAGGACAUGCUGAGGAACACGCCCCCCGGACACCCCGACAGGCUGCCCCUGCAGAUGGCGCUGACGGAGCUCGAGACGCUGGCGGAGAAACUGGACGAGAGGAAGAGGGAAGCCGAUCAGCGCUGUGAGGCCAGACAGGUCGCGAAAGCCGUCAACGAGCGGCGCCUGAGCAAGCUCCUCAGCAGUGGCAGCCGCUACCUCAUCCGAUCCGACGACGUGAUAGAGACCGUGUACAACGACCGGGGCGAGGUCACCAAGACCAAAGAGCGGCGGCUGCUCAUGCUGAACGACGUGCUCAUGUGCGUCACGGUCAGUGCCCGCGCCCCGCACGACGGCCACGCGCUCCUCUCGGCCGGCCAGAGGCAGCUGCUGAAGUGGAGUGUGCCGCUGGGCCGCACCGCGGUCGUGGAGUACGGCAGCGCCGAGGGCCCGGCCGAGCACCCGCCCGAGAGCCUGGCCGUGGUGGCCACCGCAAAGCCGCACAAGGUCUACGUGGGGCCCGGGCAGCUCUACCAGGACCUGCAGAACCUGCUGCACGACCUCAACGUGGUCGGCCAGAUCGCGCAGCUCGUCGGGGACCUGAAGGGGCACUACCAGAACUUGAACCAGGCCGUGGCCCACGACUGGACGGCGGGGCUGCAGCGGCUCAUCCUGCAGAAGGAGGAGGAGAUCCGCGCCGCCGACUGCUGCCGGCUGCAGCUGCAGCUGCCGGGCAAGCAGGACAAGUCGGGGCGGCCCACCUUCUUCACCGCCGUGUUCAGCACCUUCACGCCGGCCGCCAAGGAGUCCUGGCUGAGCAGCCUGCAGCUGGCCAAGCUCGCCCUCGAGGAGGAUAACCACAUGGGCUGGUUCUGCGUCGAAGACGACGGGAACCAGAUCAAAAAGGAGAGACACCCGCUCCUCGUGGGACACAUGCCGGUGACGGUGGCCAAGCAGCAGGAGUUCAAGAUCGAAUGUGCUGCCUACAACCCUGAGCCCAGCCAGGCUCGUGUGGGCCGGCCAGAUGCCACCGCCGCGGCCCAGGGCUUCCUGUGGGUCGGCAGCUGCACCAGCCAGAUGGGCCAGGUCGCCGUCGUGUCCUUGCGCCCCGGCCGCCCCCGGGUCGCCGAGUGCUUCAACGUGGAGGCGCGCGUCCUGUGCAUGGUCCACGUCCCCGCGGGGCCCAGCCCGGCCGGGAGCGCGCGGCGUGUCCCCACGGUCUGCCUGGGGACCGAGGAAGGAAGCAUCUCUGUCUACAAAAGCAGCCCGAGCGCCAAGAAGGUGCGGCUGCAGCACUUCUUCGCCCCUGACAAGGCCGCGGUCCUGAGCCUGGCCUGCACGCCGCGCCGCCUGUUCGCCGGCCUGGUGGACGGGGCCGUGGCCGUCUACGCGAAGGCGCCAGAUGGAUCCUGGGAGUCCGAGCCUCAGGCGGUGGUGAGGCUGGGUGUGCUGCCGGUCAGGAGCCUGCUGACCACGGAAGACGCUCUGUGGGCGGCGUCUGGGGGCCAGGUGUCCAUCAUCGGUGUGGAGACGCACACCGUGCAGGGCCAGCUGGAGGCCCACCAGGAGGAGGGCAUGGUGAUCUCGCACAUGGCCGUUGCGGGCGUGGGGAUCUGGAUCGCCUUCACCUCAGGGUCCACGCUGCGCCUGUUUCACACGGAGACGCUCAAACACCUGCAGGACAUCAACAUAGCCACGCCCAUCCACCACAUGCUGCCAGGGCAGCAGCGGCUGUCGGUGACCUGCCUGCUCGUCGGCCACGGCCUGCUGCUGGUCGGCACCAGCCUGGGGCUCGUGGUGGCCCUGCCCGUCCCUCGCCUGCAGGGCAUCCCCAAGGUGACAGGGAGGGGCAUGGUCUCCUACCACGCGCACAAUGGGCCUGUCAAGUUCCUGGUCGCAGCCACCGCCGCCCCCACGGCAGACGAGGACAAGCCCAGGGACAGCCCGCCCCCCGCCGCGGGCCCCCCAGAGGACGACCGGCAAGAAACAGCUCCCGGCGAGGGGGGCGGGCCCUGCCCGGGCAGCCCCGACGCCGUGUGGCUGGGGGCUUCGCCGGGCCCCGCGAUGCACAGGAGCGAGUUGCCCUCGUCCUCCAGGUCCCCGGAGCCCAGGCCCGAGGACAGCGUCUUCGGCGACCUCCUGCGGCAGCCCGGCACCGGGCCAGGCUCAGGGCGGCGAGCCCGGCGGGCGAGGGCCAGCUCUGUGCUCGUGGCCUGCGGCGGCCAGGGCCACCGGCGGGUGGGCAGGAGGGCCCGGCCGCCGCGGCCGGAGGAGCUGGCCUCGUCCAUCAUGGUGUGGCAGAUCCCCCUGCUCUCCGGGUGA